UUGAAAAAUGGUGGAUCUUUCCCAAUGGAGAGCCUGCAUUGGCCUAUGGAAUAGCUGUAAGACUGCUGCUUGUAGGUCAACUCAAUUUUGCCAUCCAAAUUUGUGUAAAACUGUGGCUAGAGACAAGACCAGCAAUGUUAUAUCUUUGUAUCUGAUUGUCGCUUUAGUCUACCUUAGUAAUGUAGCAUCUUUACUUUUUCCAGGCAUUAUUACUAGUUGUUCCUCUGCAUGCUUUCGUUUUGUCUUGGCUGGAGGAUUUGCUUCCAUUUUAGUUUGUAUUUUUCUGUAUUUCGUUGUCUGUCGGCUACUUCUGUUCUUGUCAGGAGAUAUUGAACUCAAUCCUGGUCCUAUAACAGGUGACCCUGAGGAAAUAUUAAGGAUGUGCUCUGACAAACUUGUUAAUGCAAUUUCUUCAACACUUAUUAAGGCAACAAAUAGGCUGUAUGCUAAAAACUUAAUACCACAACAAACCAAAGAAGAGAUGCUUUUAUCAUCAUCUACACCUCGUAAUAGAGCCUAUUUACUUGUGAAUGUCCUUGAACAACAGUUGAAGGCCUCUCUGGAUUCAUACCAGUAUCUAUUUGAUGUAUUUCAUACAUUAAGGAACCCAAGAAAUCGGGCACUAACAGAUCUAGUCAAUUCUAUCUUUGGUCAGUCUGAUGAAAUUGAACCAUAUUACCCUGAUGAUGUAAAAAAAUAUGCUGAUAUUUUAAAACAAAACUACAAAAAACAAAGUAUUAUUGGAACAGAUUGGCCACCAAAAGUUGGAAAUGAUGACGUCUUUGGAAGAUUAGCACUUAUACAGCAAAAAGAUAGCACAACUUCUCAAGAAAAUAACUCAACUUUUCAUCAAGAUAACUUUGUUCCUCAAGAUGACGCUUCUACUCAGCAACAAGAGUCGUCAGAUUGGUACUUUCUACGGGGACAAGUAGAUGAAAUAUAUCAUCUCGCUGGAAAUGAAAAAGUUGAUAUUAAGGAUAUUCUAAAACCUACAAAAGAUUUUCUAAGUCUUGUAGUUUUAAUAGAUGGUCCUCCUGGCAUUGGCAAGACAACACUUUGUCGUAAACUUUUACAUAUGUGGUCUGAUGGAGAACUCAUUCCGCAUUAUGACUUGGUACUUUACUGUCCUUUGAGAAAUGAGAAGAUAGCUAAAGCCGAUACAUUAAAAGAUCUAUUUGUGUAUAAACGUAAUAAUGUUCCUAUGAUAGUUGAUUUGUUUGAGGAGUGCAAUGGAGAGGGGAUGCUGAUAAUUUUUGAUGGUUGGGAUGAACUAAAUGAAUACCACAGACAAUCUUCAUUAGCUGCUGCUAUUAUUCGUAGAGAGCAGUUAGACCAAUGUUCAGUAAUUGUUACCUCUCGUAGCUAUGCUUCCUCUUCACUUAUAAAAAUGUCUCCUCUCAAUAAACAUAUUCAAGUUAUUGGAUUUUCUAAGGAUGAAAUAGCGAAAGUAAUUAUACAAACACUUCAAAAAGAUGAAAAAUUAGCACAAGAACUCAUUGCAGAAAAUAUUGGUCAUGGUAAAUUUUUCCGAUUUGAAUCUGUUUUUUUUGAAGUCAAAAGUACUGAUAAAACUAUAGGGUCAAAACUAGCAGUGAAGCUAAUUAAUGAACUUAAAGUACAAAGUGAUGUCCAAUCGUUAUGUUUUAUACCUUUAAUCUGUUCAAUCAUCAUUUUAGUGUAUGAUACAGAAAGAAAACUUCCAACAACACUUACUGAAUUGUAUAAGAACUUUAUUUUACAAACUAUCAACAGGCAAAGAGAAAAGGAUGGUGAUGAUCCACAGGUCCUAGACAGCCUUUGUUCAUUACCAGUAGAGUUAGCAACACCUUUUGAACAGAUUUGCUAUUUUGCUUACACUAACCUGGCUAAUACAAUAAUGACAUUUUCUUCGAUACAAAAGAUGUCAGCAGCCAAGGGCAAUAAUUAUUUUGGACUAUUAACAACUUUGAAAGAUUACAGGCAGAAAAAGUAUCAGUUUCUGCACUUGAGUAUUCAAGAGUUUCUAGCAGCAUGGUGGAUACAUAAGCAACCGAACCCAGAGCAGAUAUUUCAUACACAUUUGGAAAAUGAACACUUUCGAAUGUGUCUGAGGUUUGUGGCAGGCCUAACCAAACUUAGUCCACAUGAGAAUUAUGAACAAUACUUCAAUAAAUCAAUUAACUUACAGUGCAAAACAAGAAGGUUAUUUGGAUUUGAUACUCAAUAUCAGUCCUAUUUCUAUACUAAUCCAAUAGUUAAUCAUGUCCAUCAUGAUAACUUCCUUACUCAUGUUGAUGGUUUUUCUAUUCUCCUUCUUCAUCUCCUUUACGAAUCACAAAAUAAAGAACUAUGCCAAACAUUAGCACUAUCCAUUAGUCCUCAAUCAAUUUGUCUUCAUGCAUUACAAUUUUCACUAUUUGACGUAUUGUGUCUUAACUAUUUUCUUAAUGCCAGCAGUACUACCCGCUGGAACCAUCUUCAUCUCAUGCCAUUAUAUCAAGAUGAACUAUCAGUAUUGACUACCAUAUUGAACACAAAAAGACUAGAUGUACAUUUUUACGGACUCACCAAAAAUACAAUACAACAAUUAAGAAAUAUCCAGGAGUACUACAUUGAAAUAUCAGUUACUUCUUUAUACACGUGUGAUGUACUUGUACAAAUCCUCAGUUUUUCCGCACAAAUAAAAAUACUGCACUUGAAAAUGAAUGAAAAAAUGCAAAAAUAUAAUAUGGAGCAUUGCUGUUGUUCUGAUCUUGAGAGAUGUUUAACAGAAAAAGUAACUCUACAAGAAUUCAAUGUUGAUCAUAGACAAGCAAAUAGAUCUCAUUUUGCUGAUAUCCAAGAAAAAAUUGAUGUUCAUGAAAGGAAUAUAUUCAAUACUAUCAUUAAAGGAAUAUGCAAAAAUACAAGUCGUAACAUUCUUCCACAUAUAUUCUUUUCAUGUCUCGUUGCUGGUCUUGAGAAGAAUGAAACAUUAAAGCAGCUGUCUCUACCUGUUCCGCUCUCUACUAGUUGUAUGUAUAAUGAAAACGAUGAUGUAAAAGAUCUUUUUAGCCUUUUGUCUUGUAAGAAAAACCUCACUGAGCUUCAAUUAGAUUUUCAGGGCCAUCAUCCAAGCCACACCAUUAUUGCAACAGACGAUGACACUAUAUUCCAGAUUCAUGUUCUACCAAUGAUUACUAAUAUGUUACUAUCAAAUGGAAGGAUUGAGGUACUAAGUUUAGAUAUUCAAUUUUUUGGCUCACCAAAGCAUAAUAAUGCAUGGGAAAAAUUUAUCAAUGCUAUCUUUAACCACCCUUCACUUCAACACGUUGUUUUAAAGUUACAGUUUCAGAGUACUGAGUUGAAAGAGUUCCUCAGAGGGCUUGUAAAGGAACUUAAGAAAGCAUCACCGAUAAUAAUUUGUGGAACUGACAUACAUGUAUAUUAG